CCUAGAGCGAGCCAACCAAACCAAGCCGACCACGCCGACGAGCAUGCAAGGAAGCGCCGAGCUGUACGAGAAGCUGUUCCCACAGGAAUAUGUGUCCAAGUGCUUGGAGUCUGGCGUUCGGCCAGAUGCGCGCAAGCUGCUUCAAUCGCGCCACGUGACUAUCAACUGGACACAAUCUGGAUCGUGCUUGGUCAAGUUGGGCGCGUCGUGCGCCUUGGCGAGUGUAAAGCUAGCUGUCGGCACACCGGCACUUGCAACCCCAGACCAAGGGGAAAUCGAUUUGCAAGUGCUGUUUCCUGGUGUGUGUGCUAGCAAGUUCUCGACGCAGCGGACUACGGACGAAGCGCAGAGCUUAAGCAGCUACAUCACUCGUGCGUUGCUCAGUUGCAAGUGCGUCGACCUAAGAGACUGCUCGAUCGAGCGAGGCAAGUCCGCGUGGAAGGUCAUGGUCGAAGUCACAUUCCUCGACCACGACGGAAAUGCGUUGGAUACAGCUUUGCUUGCAGUCAUGUCAGUGCUAUCCAAGUUGACCCUGCCAGCGAUUUCAAUUUCCUCCGAUUCCAUCGUGUCCCUGGCGGAAGAUCAAUCGGCCAAAGUCCUGUUCCCACUCCAUGCAACCCUUUUCAGCACAACGUUUGGCGAGUAUCAGUCCCAUGUCAUGGUCGAUCCGACUGCCCGUGAAGAGGAAGUCCUCGAGUCGACGUUUUCCGUGCUCACCACGAAAUCCGGCGACUUUGCGGGUGUAUACAAAUCGGGUGGCGUGCCUCUGGCGCCGGCGACACUGCAGGUAUGCAUCCAAGUGGCCAAGGAACGAACUGCCGCAAUUGUUGCCCUCAUGGAGCAAUCAUCCACCAGCGAUUAACACAAUGCCCAUUUUUCCUCGGUCGUUCUGGCUGUGCUGUUC